AUGGAGAACCGCAGCGAGUCGGGCGAAGCGUCGCGUCCGCGACUGCAGCUACCGGCGAGCUGCGAUCCGCCUGCGCUCAACGGGCCGACAAAGCAGCUGGUUUGGAUUAUCUUUGGCGGCACCGGUCACAUGGGCCGGUCGCUGGUCAAGAGCGCCCUCUCGCACGGCGAUCUCGUCUGCUCCGUCGGCCGCGUCUUCGAGUCGCGGCCCGAGGACGUGCAAGGGAUUCACGACAACUGCCUGGGCCUGCUGUGCGACGUGCGGUCGCGCGAGUCCGUCAACCGCGUGUUCCGGCAGGUCAUGGACCGCUUCGGCCGCGUCGACGUGGUGGCCAACUGCUCGGGCUACGGCGUCAUCGGCGCCUGCGAGGACCAGGACGAGCACGACGUGCGCAACCAGUUCGAGACAAACUUCAUGGGCACGCUGCACAUCAUCCACGCCACGCUGCCCUACUUCCGCCGCCAGCAGGCCGGCCGCUACCUCAUCUUCAGCUCGACCUCGGGCGCCCUGGGAGUCCCCGGACUAGGCCCUUACUGCGCCUCCAAGUAUGCCGUCGAGGGUCUCAUCGAGGCGCUGCUGUACGAGACCGACGCCUUCCACGUCAAGGCGACGCUCAUCGAGCCCGGCCUGGUGCGCCGCGACGAGCCCGACUCGGACACCAACCCGCUGCCGACCUGGGGCCACUUCUUCAUCAAGCCGCCCAGCGAGCCCUACUCGACGUCGACGUCGCCGGCCCUGCACGCGAAGCGCAUGGUGCAGUGGCUGGGCGACCGCCAGCCUACCAGCGCCGUGAAGUGCGCCGAGCUGGUCUGGCAGCUGGGCCACUGCUCGUACCCGCCGCUGCGGCUGCUGCUGGGCAGCUACGCCAUCGAGAGCAUCAGGGACCGCAUGCGAAGCAUCACCGAGGAGCUCGAGGACUGGAAGCACCUCAACUUUGCGACGGUGCCGGACUCGGACCAGGGCAACGACGAGAUGGAGGUGGCUGCUGACUCUUCUGCGGCUGGGUGA